CUGCAGUCUCUGUGAGGGGCAGGCUCAGAGUGUGCUGGAAGCCUGGUGCUGUUCUUUAGUGAGCCUCACUCCAGUCCUUUAGUCACACAGGGAAACCAGAGCAGAGACGGAGGAGGAAGAGCAGAGCAGAGACACAAGAGGAGGUCUGACGACACUAUCCAUAUGCACUGACACUCGUAUUUAAUGCAUGUAGACAUACAUACACAUGCGCAUGCUGCGUUGAUAUAGUGUAAACAAGGAUCAUCUAUAUAAACAUACAAGCUGUCACGGUGCAACACUUGUAUACGGCGAGCCCUAGACGACUGACUUCUGGCUGACUUCUGAUCGGACACAUAGCACUCCAGAAGCCCAUUACACUCGUCUGUGUGUGUAAGUGUGUGUAAGCACACCGGCGAUGCCCUCCAGACCUUCUCCCAGUAGGAGGUCCAGCACGGGGAUGGACGACACAUGUUCUACAUCGACUGUGAUCCUUAUAGCGCUCUGAUUCUACUCCAACCAAAGGGAAAACUGGCCCAAGACUGACCGCUAAACAGAAGAAAAGUCCUCCAGAAGCCAACGAUACAAGGACUUUACUUUUCAACCUUUCCCCAAGGCUGAUAUGAUGUUGUGGAACAAGUUUGCCGGCCACUUGCUUUCGUUGGCAGCCCUACUGGUGGCAGUAAGCUGUGGCGGGGGGGAGCAGAGAAAAGGGGCAGAUGGCAGUGCCAGCAGCACAGGACAUGGCAGCACAGGUGGCAUCACAGGUAGCAGUAUUAGUAGUAGUAGUAGUAGUAGUAGUAGUAGUGGUAGUAGUAGUAGUAGUAGUGAAAGUAGUAAUCGGAGGUACCACAGAGUCCAGCAUGGACAGUGCACCUACACCUUUAUCCUACCUGAGAGCGAUGACAGCAGAGGGAAUUCAUGCCGACAAGGGAAAGCAGCGACCCAGUUUAACAACGCUAAUGCGCUGCAGAGAGACGCUCCACCACUGGAACAGGACUUCGCUUCCCAGAAAAUCCAACACCUGGAGCACGUCAUGGAAAACUACACUCAGUGGCUGCAGAAGAUUGAGAACUACAUAAAGGAGAGCAUGAAGACAGAGAUGGCCCAGCUGCAGCAGAGUGCCGUUCACAACCACACGGCCGCCAUGUUGGAGAUGGGCACCAACCUCCUAUCCAAGACGGCCGAGCAGACGCGCAAGCUAACGGAUGUGGAGACGCAGGUUCUGAAUCAAACUUCCAGACUAGAGAUUCAGCUGCUUGAGAACUCCCUGUCCACCAACAAGCUGGAGAAGCAGCUCAUGGUGCAGACCAAUGAGAUCAGCAAGCUCCAUGACAAGAAUGGUUUCCUGGAGCAGAAGAUGCAGGCGAUGGAGUCUCGUCACCAGGAGGAGUUGGAGAUGCUGCGGGAGGAGAAGGGCAGCCUGCAGGCCUUGGUGGCGAAGCAGAGUGGGGUGAUCCAUGAGCUGGAGACUCAGCUGACAAGGACGACAGGCAACAGCACCGCCAUGCAGAGGCAGCAGCAGGAGAUGAUGGACACCGUGCACAACCUCAUCAGCCUCUGCAACAAAGACGGAGUAGUCCCAAACAGCACGAAGAGGGUGGACGAAGAGAAGACGUUUCGAGACUGUGCCGAUCUGUACCAAGCUGGCUUCCACAAGAACGGGGUCUACACCAUACAUAUCAAUGCCCAGGAGACCAAAAAGGUGCAUUGUAACAUGGAGACCGCUGGCGGUGGAUGGACAAUCAUCCAGCGAAGAGAGAAUGGCAGCGUGGACUUCCAGAAAACGUGGAAGGAGUACAAGAUGGGCUUCGGGAUGGUUUCUGCAGAGCACUGGCUGGGGAAUGAGUUUGUAUACCUGCUGACCAGCCAGAGGCAGUACGCACUCCGUGUGGAGCUCACCGACUGGGACGGACACCAGGCCUUCUCCCUGUAUGACCGCUUUCACAUCGACAGUGAGAAACGCAACUACAGACUGUUCCUGAAGAGUCACAGUGGGACAGCUGGCAGACAGAGCAGUAUGGUGAUCCACGGAGCAGACUUCAGCACCAAGGACAUGGACAAUGAUAACUGCAUAUGCAAGUGUGCCCUCAUGCUCACAGGGGGUUGGUGGUUCGACGCCUGCGGCCCGUCCAACCUCAACGGAAUGUACUUCACCAAAGGGCAACACGUCGGGAAGCUAAAUGGCAUCAAGUGGCACUACUUUAAGGGUCCCAGCUACUCGCUACGAGCAACAACCAUGAUGAUUCGACCACUGGACUUCUCAUAGACAUUGAGUGUUUCGGAAAUGGCACCCUAUUCCCUAUAUAGUACAAUACUUGGUUCAAAUUAGUGCACUAUAUAGGGAAUAGGGUGCCAUUUCAGAUGCAGCAUUAGACAUUCUGCCCUUAGGCCAAUGGGACAACUAUAUUGGGAGGAACGCUUCCUGCUUUACCCUGUUACUAUCGUCUCACCAUAACGAUUUUGGAGUUUGUCCAGAGGUGAACUCUACACCACCUUGCUGUUGCUUGGUAGCUAUACUCCAGGAGUCAGCCUGGAAGUGUGGUUGGCGAGAAGAGGGCUUGUGGAACGAGAGGGCUCCCGUCUUAUCACAGAGCUGAACUGUGAGUGGUGAACUUCCUGCGAAGUUGGAGGACAGACUUUUGCUCUUUUUUAUAUUUGAGGCAUAAACUCAAGUAGAGCUCAGCUCUCAGCUCUCACCCCAGGCCUGUGGACUACUAGACCUCUCCUUUUCGGGAACUGACUGACUGCAACAUGGCAGCUUUGUCGGCAUAUGUAGACUACAUGACAGACUACACAACUACCCAUAGACUACAUGACAGACUGCAUAGACUCCUUCAGACUACAUGACUCCCUAUGAACUCUGUGCAUCUGGAAUGUCCUCACAACCAUACGGGAGAUAUAUACAUUUUUAUAGAGGUGUUGCACGAAGACAUUGGGACAUUGAAUAAUGUUUUGUAUUUCAUGCUUUUUAUUCCUAUAUAGCCUAAUACAUUUGGAAUGACGUGAUGUUUUUUUACAUAAGUCUCUCUGGAUCAUUUCUGGAGAGGAAAAGCCACAAGCUUACAGCUUAUAAGGUCACCUUCAGUAUAAAAUGUUGGUCUAAUAUGUACUGCGGACUCCAAAGGCAGUUCUGAGAAAAAGCAUGGCUCAGUCUAUGGUUUUGCUGCCACUAGUUGUUGUCCUGACAGAGUGCACUGAUUAUCUUCAAAGUUCAAGAUGCCACGUUAUUAUUGGAUUUGGCCACUGAUGGGGAUUUAUCUGCAUUUGCUAUUGGCUGACAAACAACCGAUGGUUGCCAAGGCUCAACAUUUGGUGAUCUUCUUUCCUCAUUUAAAUACGAAAAAGAACGUACUGUAAUGAAUGCAGGUACAUGUAAUAUUAAAGCAUUGCCAUACAGUAACUGAUAUAACUGUGUAUGAGAAGGACAACAUUAUUUGUUACACCAAACCAAUUGAAGGUAGUGCAUAUUAUAUCAUACUUAUCUUUAUCUUGUGUAUUUGUAUGAUAAUGGUCAGUUUUCCGUCUCAAGUAUUGUUAGACAUCUACACCCCUAAAACAUAUAGAAAUGGAUGGUGCAAUUAUACUUUUUCUGAGAGAUUUGGAAUCCUUUGGACAUCAGAUUGUGAUUUUACAUUUGAAAACACUAUAGUAUUGGGCAAUAGCAAAGUGUAGAUGAUUUGGACUAUUCCGACCACAUAAAAAACCCUACCUAGCCAUUGUGUGUGCUUGGAUCAGCGCUAUUAGAGUAAAAUAUUAUAAUCUACUCUACAAAUGUGUUAUCAGUUCAAAUGUUGGCCUAAUUUAUGUUAUGCUGUCUACAAUGUCUCGAUCCACAUCUUCAUAAAUGUUCCCUUCAAAUGGUACUCCUCAGUUUGCUUUGCUUUUGCAAACCUAUGGCUUUAAAAAGGGGAAGAGGUUAUGUUAUGAAUAAUCACCUUUUUAUGACUUCGGAGGUGGCUAUAAGGCAUUGACAGAAAUGUGGUCUGUACAUAUUUUGAACUCUAACCACUGACCAAAAGACAAGUCCCGUUUUAUUGGAAACACUCCACAAUGUCCCUCGAAUGUUUCUUUGCUUAGACAGACAACCGCACUGAACCCCAGAUCCAGACAGAUCUUUCUCUUUCAUCAAUGCAGCUUAGAAAUUGUCAUUUUAAUAACGUUUGGCGGAGGCAUAAAAUUCAUGAUUAAUUUAAGUGUACUGUGUGAACUUGUAUUGCAUUACUACCAGCAUGAAACAACAAGAAAUAAUGUAUGGUUGAAUAUACAGUAUUAAUAAGGGUUAGGCUACAUGUUGAGGAAAGAGACAUGGUAUCAGGAACUCAUUACUAUGAAAUUAACAUACUACAAUUGUAUAAUUUAAUGUAAAAUAACUUUCCUGAGGAAAGCUACUCCUUAUUGUUUUUUAUUCCGCCAGAACCACUGUGGUGUUUUGAAGUUGAGCAUAAAACAUAGAAGUAAUAAUAAUAACAGUUGAGAAAUGUGCCUUAAAUGACUCUGCUUUUACCUCAUUAAACUGUUUGCUAUUUUAUUUAAACAACAUUUUUUUGUAACAAAUGGUCGAAAUGCCAUGUUGUUGGACUAAAUAAAAAAAGCAUGUGAUGCACUAAUGUUUUUCAA